AUGACUGUCACCAUGGGCGAAUCUACGGACGUCGUCCCUCGAAACAUUCCCGACGAACUUGCUCCUAUCUUUGAAGAAUUGCGGCACACUCAGUUUGCAUGCACUGCAAUUGACGAAGUCCCGGGCCAACGUAUAAACUCAACACUGUACGCAGCCUUGGCCAAGCCGCUCCCAAAUGGCAGUACGAGUGUUGUGAUCAAGCAUACAAAAGGCUGGGAUGCUCCAUGGUUAGGCAUUUCAAUUGCCGCAGCUCGUUGUGUAAGCUAUGCUCUAUUUGUGCAAAACUUGUCAAGGACUCGAUCUCAUUCUUUCCUCACAAUCCAGGUCACUGAGAGCAACGUCCUCUCUCAGCAACUCUGCCCGGUCGUGCACGAGGGCAAUUUCACCGUUCGCCCUCCGCGGCUGCUUCAUUUCAUCCCACAACACAGCACCCAGGUUAUCGAGAGGCUGGAGAAUACGUCGACUCUUCCGGAAUAUCUCCGUUCAUCUGCUGGGAAGGCUAUCACUGCUCAAUUUUCAACAUCGUUAGGUCAUGCGAUUGGAAAAUGGCUGAGCGCGUUCCACGCUCAGAAUUCGGCAGAGAAUGGUGCUAAGCCCGCCCUCCAACAGGGAAAAAUUCCUGAUCGCGAUCUUUACGUCAAUCUUUACCUUGGGACGGUAGACACGCAUAUCAAAAUGUCACCAAAGCUCUUCGAGGAUAAAGAAGAAGCUCUUCGAAGUAAGGUAGCAGAAGGGUUGAAGAAAGAUGUCAAGGGUAGAAUAGGCCUGAUCCAUGGAGACCUUGGUGCGCGGCAGUAA